UUAAUACUUAUAGCGUUAUGGGCGGAGUCUGUGUGGCCACGGUGAGCUCUUCCAGCGGUUACAUGAAUACCAGCACCUGGCAGGAGAGACGAGACGAGUUAUCUUAUUUCUUCCUCGUCCAGCGGUGCAGCUAUCUACGGAGUUGAAAGGUGCAGUAGCCAUGGAGUCCACCAGGAGACGUACCCAGCACAGUUCUGAUGGCAAAACCUCCAAACACAUGGAGCAGCCAGCACAGUGGGGCAGAGCAUGGGAGGUUGACUGGUUUUCCCUCAUCGGAGUAAUCGGCCUCCUUUGCUUCGCCCCUUUCAUUGUCUUCUACUUUGUGAUGGCCUGUGAUCAGUACCAGUGUUCGAUCACCCAGCCUCUGUUUGAGUUAUACAGCGGUGAAACCACACUACUCUCCAUCUGGGACCGAUCACCCUCCUUCACGUGGUCAGCUGCUAAGAUUUAUGCCAUCUGGGUGGGCUUCCAGGUGUUCCUCUAUUUGUGUAUUCCCGAUGUCACCAAUAAGUUUAUUCCUGGCUAUGUUGGUGGAGUACAGGAUGGAGCACGAACUCCUGCUGGCCUGAUUAACAAGUACGAGAUCAAUGGGCUACAGUGUUGGCUGAUCACUCAUGCCUUGUGGUUUGCCAAUGCCCACUACUUCCACUGGUUCUCUCCCACCAUCAUCUUCGACAACUGGAUCCCUCUGAUGUGGUGCACCAAUAUACUGGGCUACGCUGUGUCUACCUUUGCUUUCAUAAAGGCUUAUUUUUUCCCCACGAACUCUGAGGACUGCAAAUUCACAGGGAACAUCUUCUACAACUACAUGAUGGGCAUUGAGUUCAACCCCCGCAUUGGCAAGUGGUUUGACUUCAAGCUUUUCUUCAAUGGCCGACCUGGCAUUGUAGCCUGGACUCUUAUCAACCUGUCUUACAUGGCCAAGCAGCAAGAACUAUACGGCCACAUCACCAACUCCAUGAUUCUGGUCAAUGUUCUGCAGGCUAUUUAUGUAUUGGACUUCUUCUGGAAUGAGGCGUGGUACCUGAAGACCAUUGAUAUCUGCCAUGACCACUUUGGAUGGUAUCUUGGCUGGGGAGACUGCGUCUGGCUGCCAUACCUCUACACACUGCAGGGUCUGUACUUGGUGUACCACCCAGUUCAGCUCUCAGAUGCCCAUGCUUUGGCUGUGCUGUUGCUUGGCCUUGUUGGAUAUUACAUCUUUCGCUCCACCAAUCACCAGAAGGAUCUGUUCCGCCGCACAGAUGGCUCCUGCUCUAUUUGGGGCCACAAGCCGACAUACAUCGAGUGCUCGUACCGGUCUGCUGAUGGUGGCAUCCAUCACAGCAAACUCCUGACCUCAGGCUUCUGGGGUGUGGCCCGGCACUUCAACUACACUGGUGACCUGAUGGGUUCUUUAGCCUACUGUGCCGCCUGUGGCUUUGGCCACAUACUUCCCUACUUUUACAUUGUUUAUAUGACCAUUCUGCUGGUCCACCGCUGUGUGCGUGAUGAGCACCGCUGCAGCAGCAAGUACGGCAAAGACUGGAAACGCUACACAGAUGCUGUGCCUUACCGGCUGAUUCCUGGAGUGUUUUAGAAAGAGGAGGCGGGCAAAACUGGGAAGAAAUUGGAGAGAUUGGGUCAAAGAUUAAGACAGAUACAUAAGUUAUGACAUGGUAAUAAGCUGUCAAGAUCAACAUGACUUUUCUACAUAUCAAGAACACAGUACCCUAAACAUUCUACACUGUAUUUCAUACAUUCUGUCUUUUUUAUUAUGCUUCUUAUAUAUUAGAGCACUGUACAUGUGUAUGUUCAGGUAGAGUAUGUUUAUCGCUGUAUUUCUCUGCCUCAGUAAAAGCAGUUUGAUUCACAAGUCUGCUUCCUUUAAGCUGUGACAGUUUAACACAUUUUUAAAAACAGCACAAUGCACAAUGUUUUUGGAGUUAGCAGGACCAAGCACAACCAAACUCAGGAACAGAAGCAAGAGUUAGCUGUGCAGUCCUGCUUUGCCUACAGCUGUUCUACAUAAUUCAGUGAUAUAGCCAUAACUAGUAUGCCAGGUUUAAGUUUCUCAGAUAUUACAAUUUGAUGGUUAUGUGUUAUAUUGUAAAUAUAACAUGUGGGUUUCUUUUGACUGUGGUGAAAAUAAGUUUGAUGAUAUCACGCAGCGCUCAGGUCAUUAUGAAGUUUGAGACUGUGUCAACUACAAUAGCUUGUUGCUGCCUAAUGGUAAAUGGACCAGUUUAAUUGUUUGCUCUGCUACCACGACCUACAUGACAGAAAAGUUGUCUAAUCUCUGUAUAAAGAUCGUCUAAGGGCUGAGCUUUGUAUAGACAGUGUAAACCGUUUAAAUGACCUGUUCGACUUUUUAACAACCACUGAAUAUAAGCACUUAAUCAGCAAUGAACUUCAAGCUCUAUGUUGAGAGAAGUAAUUUUUGCUUUUUUAAACCAUCACAUUCAUUUAAUGUUGAUUUCCUCAUACCAACACUGCCUUUCUGAUAGCAAUAAAGUAACACAAUAAACUUA